AUGGCUGCCAUUGAGUAUUUGCUGUUCGAAGAGCCUACUGGCUACGCAGUAUUCAAAGUCAAGCUACAACAGGAUGACAUUGGAUCUCGUCUUGCCGAGGUGCAGGAACAGAUCAACGACUUUGGGUCUUUCACCAAGAUGGUAGAGCUGGUUUCGUUUGCUCCAUUCAAGGGUGCUGCUGAAGCUUUGGAGAACGCUAACGAGAUCUCUGAAGGUUUGGUUUCCGAGUCCUUGAAGUCGGUGUUGGACUUGAAUUUGCCAAAGCCAUCCAAGAAGAAAUCUAUUGCUCUUGGUAUCUCUGACAAAAACUUGGGUCCAUCCAUCAAGGAAACCUUCCCCUACGUGGACAGUGUUUCCAACGAGUUGGUCCAGGACAUGUUGCGUGGUAUCAGACUGCACGGUGAGAAAUUGUUCAAAGGUUUGCAAUCCGGUGACUUGGACAGAGCUCACCUUGGUCUAGGUCAUGCUUACUCCAGAGCUAAAGUGAAGUUUUCCGUUCAAAAGAACGAUAACCAUAUCAUUCAAGCCAUUGCUCUAGUUGACCAAUUGGACAAAGAUAUCAACACUUUCGCCAUGAGAGUCAAGGAAUGGUACGGGUGGCAUUUCCCGGAAUUGGCUAAGCUAGUUCCAGACAACUACAAAUUUGCUCAAUUGGUUCUGUUCAUCAAGGACAAAGCUUCUUUGAACGACGAGUCCCUACAUGACUUGGCCGCUUUGUUGAAUGACGACGCCGGUAUUGCUCAAAGGGUUAUCGACAACGCUCGUAUCUCCAUGGGUCAAGAUCUUUCCGAAACCGAUAUGGAAAACGUUGGUGUCUUUGCGCAAAGAGUCGUUUCUCUUGUUGAGUACAGAAGACAAUUGUAUGACUACCUGUGUGAGAAGAUGCACACCGUUGCUCCAAACCUGUCAGAACUGAUUGGUGAGGUCAUUGGUGCUAGACUGAUUUCCCAUGCUGGUUCUUUGACUAAUUUGUCCAAGCAAGCCGCCUCCACCGUCCAAAUCUUGGGUGCUGAAAAGGCUCUUUUCAGAGCUUUGAAGACUAAGGGUAACACUCCAAAGUACGGGUUGAUCUACCACAGUGGGUUCAUCGCCAAGGCCGCCGCCAAGAACAAGGGUAGAAUAUCUAGAUACUUGGCCAACAAGUGUUCCAUUGCUUCCAGAAUUGACAACUACUCUGACGAGCCAAGCAACGUCUUUGGUACCGUUUUGAAGAAGCAGGUGGAACAGAGACUUGAAUUCUAUGCCACUGGUAAGCCAACUUUGAAGAACGAGCUUGCUAUUCAUGAGGCCAUGGAAUUGUACAAGUCUGAAAACCCAGAUGCUGAAAAGAAGGAAGACGCCGAUGUUGAAGAGAAGCCUGCCAAGUCCAAGAAAAGAAAGCUAGAGUCUGAUGAAGAAGAAGAAGAAGAAGAAAAGCCUAAGAAGGAGAAGAAGGAAAAGAAGGACAAGAAAGAAAAGAAGGACAAGAAGGAAAGAAAGACAAGAAAGAGAAGAAGGUGA